AUGGCCCUCCUGACACCCCAGGGCGUGAAGGAAGUCUUCCAGUUUCAGAAACGCGAAGGCCGAGAGCACCUGCGGAGGCUCCUGAACUGGGAGGAGUUUGACGAGCUGAGGGAUGCCCGCAGGAGCAUCCUGCUGGACACCCUGUACGAGAGCGUCAUCUUCGCCGUGGGGAAAGGCUUCCCAUGGGUUGAAGUGGUCCAGGCGGUCAAGUUCACGGAAGAGCUGCUCAGGGAAACCAAAGGCCGCUCCAUCACCGAGGCCGUGGCCAUCCUGGGAGGCAAGCUCCGAGACUACCAGAGGCGGUUCAACACCAGCCGCCUGCUGGCCCUCUGCGACUACUUCCACAACACCUUCAUCCGCCACUACAAGCUCUACCAGUACGUGCUGGGCCACGAGCAGGACGUGAACCUGACGGUCACCCGCGUGGAGGUGUGCAGGCCGCCCCAGCCGCUCCCGCUGGCGCAGGGCGCGGGCCGGGACCAGUGGAGGCACGAGCAGCAGCUGGCCGCGCUGGACACGGCGGAGGCGCAGAAGCGCACCGACAUGCUGCUGCUGCGGGAGGCGCUGGGCCUGGAGCAGACGCAGAUGCUGCGGAGGACCUUCGAGGGCCAGGACGUGGCCUUGCAGCCUCGCCCGACGCUGCGGCGGGAGGUGCUGGAGCACCUGGUCAGCGAAGCCAUCCACGUCCAGAUCGCCUGCCUCAAGGAGCUGCUGCAGUACGAGAUCCAGGCGGCUUUCGACAUUCUGGACCUGAGGCUGCAGAAGAAGACCUUGAACCUCAACGCUCCGCUCCCCCUCCUUCCCGCCAUCACGGGCUCCGCGCCCCGCGAGGUGUCCCCUAUCGUCAGCAAAGUCAGCAAAGGAAAGAAAGCCAAGCUCAAGAAGUAG